CUUAUUUUUGUUUUUAAUAAAGAAAAAGAAGGAGAUGAAGUAUCAACAUACACUCCACUUCUUAAUGACAUCAAGACAAUAACAUCUACCUUCUUGCGUAAGUAAAUAACAACAGUAAAUUUAUCAUGACAAUGAUACUGAUAAUGGUACUAAAUUACUUAAUUUAGAAUUUAGAAGUGAGUGGAAGAUGUGAAAUGUUACUGAAAAUUACUGAAAUUUGAAAGACAACAGUCCUAAGUGACCAAGGUAAAGAGGUCUAUAUUAAGGCCAAAGGUCUCUCUAUUUAAGCCCAGUAAAUCGGACUGGCUUAGUCAACCAUGCCACACCAGUCCUGUGUUCAUAUGAGAAAUUUAAGUCUUGUAAACUAGGGUAUGUUUAUCAAAAAAAUGUAUAAUUUAUAUAGAAAAGUCGUGUUUUUCGUUACUGUAGUCCUGAAAGUUUUUCACAAUUACUUAAAUAAUUGUUAUGUAAAAGAAAUUUUUAGAUGCUUUCUUUCAAUAAAGAUGUACAGUCACAUAGUUGAAAGAGUUUUUAUGUUUCGGCCAACCAGUCUGGGGAGUUUAUAUGGCAAAAUUCCAGCCUGGCAACAGAACUAUUAGAUUCAGUAUAAAAAAAGCGCCCCAAAACUUGGACACUGGGACCUCAAACCUGGAGGUUUCCAAAAUAUGUGUCAAAUAAAACCUAGGCUCAAUUACCAGCCGCUGUUCAGGAAAAUGAGCCCACACUCAUCCCCCCGAAGGAGCGGCUGGACACAUGCGAUCAGCCAUCUCUCUUCGGGGAGGAUCAAAGACCGGACCCGGGAGACGGCAGAAAUCAAGCCUAAUAAAACCAAAAAGGCAGAUUAUUUUUGUCAUGGUAUUCUUUACCCUAUUAGUUGUCUCUGUUGUACCCUGUUGUUGCCCUUAUUUCGUUGGUAAGAAGAUUCUGUUUCAUCAUCUAUGUCAAUCGAUAGGACGGCGAGUAGCCAUUUUUAGUUUGCUAUAAAGCUUUCCCUGAGACCUUAGGCAACCUAUGUUUCACGGGAAUGAGGUUGGAAUUACACCCAUGUUUCCCUCAAAAUUAGAUUGAUACAUUAUGAUGACAGAGUUUUUUUAAUUCACCUGAUUCGUUUUGGAAUUUUCCGGGGAAUUUUCUGGUAAUGUUGAGAUUAACCGUCUCACUGUGAGAUUUGGAGGCCAAAUCAUGAGACCAUGAGUUGUUAGCCCAAACCAUGAGAGUUGGAAGGUCUGAGGUUACUAAAUGAGCAUUCUCUUACAAACAAUAUUUGUUUGUUGCUGCAGAACAUCUGACCCGGCCACAAAGCAGUCAAAGUAUAACCAGCCCACCAAGUCGACAGGGAAGACGCAAAUCAAGUGGUAACUGGGCAAAAGCCAGAACAAGUGUGGCAUUGAGUGGAGAACUCAGGAAGCGAGCAAGAAUGAAAAAAUCAUGA